AUGGACUUUGCGACCAAUCUGGCUCUCAAGGCCUAUCUAGCAGUGCCCUUUGUCGAAGAAAUGCGCGUGUUGACGGAUUGGACCAUUACAAGGACGUCAAUGGACUUCUUUAUGUGGAUGAAGUUGGAGGAUACGCAGCAGAGUCUUUACAGGACAAAGCGUGACUUCCACAUGAGAAGAUGGUAUCCACCCGCUGCUCCACGACCAGCCUGGGAGAAGGUUUUGCAAGGAGGGCUCCUUCUUGUUGGCCUGGCUCUUCUCAUUGUUGCGCCAAUCGCUCUUUUCUCCACAUUGAACCCAAAUUUGCAGUCCAAUCGGUUGACCUCUGCUAGCUUGUCCGGCAACUUGAUCGUUCAAUCCUCCGCUGAGGGCAUCAGGCAGCUGCUUGUUUAUGAAGGAUCGCAAACAUCAAUCGUAUCAGAACCUGUUCGCUCAGAUCAGACUUUCGGUUGCCUUUGGUUGCAAAGCCAACACCAUUGA